AUAUAUAUAUAAAACCCCAUAUAUUUUACUAAAAACUAUACUAUUAAUCAUUUUUAAUAGGUGUAACCCAAUAUAAAUAAGAAAAUGAGUAUUUUAGUAGCAGUAAUUUGUGUACUGGUAGCAGCUGCACAUGGUAAAAUUCGUGGUGCUUCUUGCCCAGAUCUGAAAGGAGCCGCAAAUUUCGAUGCUACAAAAUUUGUUGGUCUUUGGUAUGAGCAACAAAGGUAUCCAACCAUCCUAGAAAAGAACGGUAAAUGUGUUUUCACAAAAUAUUCAUUAAAUGACGACAAAUCAAUUGGGAUUAAUACCACAUACCUUAAUGAAGAAUCAAAUGAAUGGACAAUCCUCGAAGGAGUUGCAAUCGCAGACUCGACAACGGGAGAAGCCAAGUUUACAGUAGAAUUCAAAGAGCCUGCAUUAACUGCACCUUUUUGGAUUCUUGAUAUAGAUUACGAUCAGUUCUUUGUACCUUACUCAUGCAUUGUACAGGAUGGGACAGUUAUAGAGAACCUAUUUAUAGUCACAAGAAAUUUGAAUCCAUCGAAUGAUGUGAUAAAUGCUGCUCUCAAAGUUAUCAACGACAACAAUCUUGAUGCCACUCAAUUAUUGCAAACCGAUAAAACAUGUGAUUACGAAUGAGAAAAGUUUAUAUAUAA